CCGCCACGCGAGCAGCGGCCGUGGGACCGCUCGGCUCGCUUCAGUUCAGUUCGGCUCGCUUCGGUUUGCUUCGGCUCGUCCCGGCUCGGCGCCGCCGCUUCUCCGCCGCAGAUGGCUUCAGUAACAGAUGCCAGAUUCAGGCAGAAAGAUACUUCAGACCAAAAUUUUGAUUACAUGUUCAAGCUCCUGAUCAUUGGCAACAGCAGUGUGGGUAAAACAUCCUUCCUCUUCAGAUAUGCCGACGACACCUUCACUCCAGCCUUUGUGAGCACAGUGGGAAUCGACUUCAAGGUGAAAACAGUUUACAGGAAUGACAAGAGGGUGAAGCUGCAGAUUUGGGAUACAGCUGGACAAGAAAGAUACAGGACCAUCACUACAGCCUACUACCGAGGAGCCAUGGGCUUUGUCCUCAUGUAUGAUAUCACCAGUGAAGACUCCUUCAAUGCUGUGCAGGACUGGGCCACACAAAUCAAGACUUACUCCUGGGACAAUGCACAAGUGAUCCUGGUUGGAAACAAAUGUGACAUGGAGGAUGACAGGAUUGUUCCUGUGGAGAAGGGGAAACAUCUGGCAGAUCAGCUGGGUUUUGACUAUUUUGAGGCCAGUGCCAAAGAAAACAUCAACGUGAGGCAGGUGUUUGAGCGUCUCGUGGAUAUAAUCUGUGAGAAGAUGUCAGAGAGCAUAGAAUCAGACAAUUCCAGGGGCACUUCUGGAAGGAGCAUGAGGCUCACAGACAACCCUCCCCCUUCACAGCAGAACUGCUCGUGCUAGUGAAUUUUCACUGUCCUUGCCCCCUGAUUAAAUUUUAUCUUUUCAUUUGUGGUGGUGCAUUAUCACGUAGUCCAGAAGCAGAAGUGUCUGUUGUAGGAAACUGGUAUGUUUGUUUAAUGUGCUGGAGUGUUAAUAUUAUAUAUUUCCUCAUCCAAUAAUUUAAUAAUCUGAAAAAAAUAUUGUAAGUGCACCUUGUGUGAAUGUGAGUUACACUGAAGAAUAAUAAUUGUGUAGUGUUGCAAAUGUUAUUUCUACAGAGAAUGUUGCAUUUUUAAAUUCUAAAUUCCUCUAUUGCAGAAAGAGUGUUUUUGUCAAGAACAGCAGGAAGCACAAAAACUAAUUAGAGGGGAUCAGCUCUAAGAGAAGAAAGGGGGAAAUCUCUUAUGCUUUUUUUAAAACAUAAACAAAAAAUCAAUCCCCAGAUGUUUUGAGAAUUGUUGCUGUCCUCCAGACAUGGACCUCAGGUUUUCUGUAGGAUGGAGCAGAAAGCAGAGCAUUGCUGUCUGCCACUAUGAGGUCCUCCAGAGUGUGAAGAGGAAGGGGGUUGGAUUUUGUGUCAAGCCUCUAAA